CCUUAGGAAUCAAAGUUAUCAUUUUGUUUACAUUUAUCCGCAUCUUCAUUUGACCAAGAGCUGCUAGUAAACACGGGGUCCUCACGCGCAUGCGCGGUGUGCAGAAAGUUAGCGUCAAAACAAACUUUAUUUGCCGUCUGAAAGACCCUCCAAAGGUGCCACCAUCUGCCCCUCAAAGAGCUCCAGACAUCAGUGGUUGCUUUAACUGUCAAGUCGAUGUCGCAGUGGACGAUUUUCAGCAAUUCUGACAAUAUACGCGAAAGGAUCCUGUGGUUUCCCAAGAAAGACGUCGAGUAAAUUCUGCAAGUAAACCUGUACGGCUCGAAAGCGGGACUAUCGUCGGGAUACAAACACAUUUAUUGCUCUGCUUGCAUUUCAUCUUCCUUCUUUUUGAUUUGGAGGAAACAUGGCUCGUAUGCUGAGCAAGGAGCUGCCGGAUAUCGAGAGUAUACUGGCCUUGAACCCUCGGGUCCAGACUCACGCUGCACUCCUCUCUACUGCGACGAAGAAAAUGGAGAAAAAACACUGGAAAAGAAACCCAGAGAAAGGCUGUGAGAGCUGCGUGAAGCUAGAGAACAAUUUUGAUGACAUCAAACACACGACUCUGAGUGAGCGUGGAGCACUUCGGGAAGCAGUGAGAUGUUUGAAAUGUGCAGAUGCACCGUGCCAGAAAAGCUGCCCGACCAAUCUGAACAUAAAGGCCUUCAUUACCAGUAUUGCGAACAAGAAUUAUUAUGGAGCAGCUCGGACAAUUCUCUCAGACAACCCACUGGGUUUGACGUGUGGGAUGGUGUGUCCCACCUCAGACUUGUGUGUUGGGGGGUGUAACUUGUAUGCGUCUGAGGAAGGACCCAUCAACAUCGGGGGACUGCAGCAGUUUGCCACUGAGGUGUUCAAACAAAUGGGUGUUCCUCAGAUACGGAAUCCCGAUCUCCCGCCUCCAGAUCAGAUUCCUGAGAGCUAUCACUCUAAAAUAGCUCUGAUUGGCUGCGGCCCCGCCAGCGUCAGCUGUGCCUCUUUCCUGGCCCGCUUGGGGUAUGACGACAUCACCAUUUACGAGAAGCAGAGGUUCAUUGGAGGACUGAGCUCUUCUGAGAUCCCACAAUUCCGCUUGCCGUACGAUGUGGUUCAGUUCGAGGUGGAUUUGAUGAAAGACCUGGGAGUGAAGAUCGUCUGUGACCGAGGACUCGGCCAAGAUGGAAUGACGCUUCUCUCGCUGAAAGUGGAGGGAUACAAAGCUGUGUUCAUUGGAAUUGGUUUACCUCAAGCUAACAGGCACACGCUCUUUGAUGGCCUCUCUUCAGAACAGGGUUUUUACACAUCGAAGGACUUUCUUCCUCUCGUCGCGAAAGCCAGUAAACCAGGGAUGUGUGGUUGUCACUCGGUGCUGCCGGAGCUCCGUGGCACUGUGAUCGUUCUGGGCGCUGGAGACACGGCCUUCGACUGCGCUACUUCUGCCCUGCGCUGCGGCGCCCGCCGUGUGUUUGUGGUCUUCAGGAAGGGAUUCACCAACAUACGAGCAGUUCCUGAGGAGAUGGAGCUGGCCAAGGAGGAGAAAUGUGAGUUCCUGCCCUUCCUCUCUCCACGUGAGGUGUUGCUAAAGGCAGGCCGGGUCCAUGGAAUGGAGUUCUGUCGAACUGAGCAAACAGAGUCGGGUCAGUGGGUGGAGGAUGAGGAGCAGAUCAUACGACUGAAGGCAGACUAUAUCAUCAGUGCUUUCGGCUCUCUGAUGAAUGACCACGCAGUGAUGGAGGCCAUGGCUCCCAUCAGGUUAAACAGAUGGGGGCUUCCUGAGCUGGACCCAGAGAGCAUGCAGACUAGUGAGCCGUGGGUGUUCGCUGGGGGUGAUGUGGCCGGUCUGGCCAAUACCACAGUGGAAGCAGUCAAUGAUGGGAAACAGGCCUCCUGGCACAUGCACAGAUACUUACAGUCCAUCUUCGGGCAGACGGUCAGUGGUCCGCCCCAGCUGCCCCUCUUCUACUCACCCAUAGACACCGUGGACAUCCGUGUGAAGAUGUGCGGCAUCACAUUCCCCAACCCAUUCGGGCUGGCCAGUGCUCCACCCACCACCAGCGCCACCAUGAUCCGCAGGGCCUUCGAACAGGGCUGGGGUUUCGCCCUCACCAAAACCUUUUCAUUGGACAAGGAUUUGGUAACCAACGUGUCUCCGCGUAUUGUGCGUGGAACCACUUCUGGACCAAUGUUUGGUCCCGGGCAGGGCUCCUUCCUGAACAUUGAGCUGAUCAGUGAGAAGACGGCUGCCUACUGGUGCAAGAGUGUCACGGAGCUCAAAGCUGACUUUCCUGACAAUAUUGUCAUAUCCAGCAUAAUGUGCAGCUACAACAAAGCUGAUUGGACAGAGCUUGCCAAAAUGGCAGAGGAGUCUGGCGCUGAUGCCCUGGAGCUGAAUCUAUCAUGCCCUCAUGGAAUGGGGGAGAGGGGAAUGGGGCUCGCCUGUGGGCAGGAUCCAGAGCUGGUGCGGAACAUCUGUCGGUGGGUUCGGCAGGCUGUUCGGAUCCCGUUCUUUGCCAAACUCACCCCUAAUGUGACUAACAUCGUGGAUAUUGCCAAGGCUUCACAGGAAGGUGGAGCAGAUGGCGUCACAGCCACCAACACGGUUUCGGGGCUGAUGGGACUCAAGGCAGACGGCUCUCCCUGGCCUGGAAUCGGCCGAGGAAGGCGCACCACAUAUGGUGGAGUGUCUGGAAAUGCAAUCCGGCCAAUCGCAUUGCGAGCAGUGUCCGCCAUAGCGAAAGCUCUGCCUGGUUUUCCCAUUCUGGCCACCGGAGGCAUCGACUCUGCAGAAUCCGGAUUGCAGUUCCUUCAUGCAGGAGCCACAGUGUUACAGGUGUGUAGUGCAGUACAAAACCAAGACUUCACCGUGAUUGAAGACUACUGCACUGGUCUGAAAGCCCUGCUCUACCUCAAAAGCAUUGAGGAGCUCCAGGACUGGGACGGCCAGUCGCCUCCUACGGCCUGCCAUCAGAAAGGAAAGCCUGUGGCCACACUGGAGGAAGUCAAAGGAAGGAGUCUGCCCAGUUUUGGACCAUACCUGCAGGAAAAGAAGGAAGCGAUUGCAAACCACAAAAAGAAACUGAGAGACUUCGCUGACAACACUGUUUCCACCAAAGCAAUGAGAGUUUACACUCCCAAGGGUCCUGUGCCAAGAGUUAAAGAUGUGAUAGCCAAAGCUCUGAAACACAUCGGUGCCUAUCAAGAGCUCAACGUUGAGGAGCAAGUGCAAGCUCUUAUCGAUCCGGAGAUGUGCAUUAACUGUGGGAAGUGCUACAUGACCUGUAACGACGCUGGAUACCAGGCCAUUGUGUUCGACCCCGAGACUCAUUUCCCCAUGAUUCAGGACAGCUGCACCGGCUGUACUCUGUGCCUCAGCGUCUGCCCCAUCAUCGACUGCAUCAAGAUGGUUACAAGGACAACGCCUUACGUACCAAAGCGAGGCCUCCCUCAAGCCGUGGAGCCCGUGUGCUGAGAGAAAGCCCAGACACACACACAAAAAAAGAUAAAAAU